UCCGCUUUUAUUAUGUUGUUUCUGUUUCUCCUCCUAGUCCAACAGUCCAACUCCAAGUUCCCUCUCAAACCGAAAAAUGAAUUCGUAUACUCUCCUGCUGGAGAAAAUCCGAGUUCCUCAACCCUCAUUGCAGAAAUUUGCAGUGAUUUCCAUAUUCGAAAAGCUUCGUUCAGCUCCUUCUCACCUGGACGUUAACUCCGAUUCCGGAAGAGACGCCAUUUCUCAGUGCCUGCAUUCCAAUUCAACUUCUGUUGUCGAUCAAUCAAUUAGAGAGCUAUGUCGUCUAGUAAGAGAUGGCAAAAUUGAGGUUUCUCGUGGAUUAUUAGAGCUUCAAUCAGCGCUCGAGGGUUGCAACUCGCGUUUCGUUGAUAUUUUUGUUAAAGGGAUCGGUUUUCUUGUUCGAUUCUCAUUCGAAAAGAGCGAGUUAUCUUGGCGGUCUGAUUCUCCAGAGACUCACCCGUUCGUUAAGGUCCUUUCUUGUCGAACCGAAGUCCAUACUGAACUUGUACAACAGGUGCUUUUAUUUAUUGUGCAGAAUAAGCGCUUGGGAGUCGCGGAAGUCUGUAAAUUUUUAGGGCCCUUUUUGAACUUUUCGGUGUUAAGAAUACCCUUUUCGGAUUCAUCAUCCUUGUUCACCAGACAAUUAAUCCUGUCGGUAGCGUCAUUAUCUUGCUCGUUUCCCUCUGAAGCAGUGCCUGUUGUCAAGCUGUUAACGGGCUGCCUGAAAUUUUUUCCUCGCAAUAAUGCAGAAGAUUUAAAAACCAUCCUUUAUGUUGCUAAAUAUCUGGUGGAUUCAUUUACUGUGGUCUUGAUCCAGUUGGUUGAAAUUAAUUUGAAGGUCAAUGAAGCACAGUUAUGUGCCUUGGAAAUGUUGGAAACUCUUUUACAACUUUGUUCAGAUUACUGCAACUGCUUUGGUGGGAUUGAACCCAUUAUGGAACUGUCAAAUUGCUUAUUUAUUGUUCAGAAAGAGCUUGGUCUGCGAUAUUUACCCGAAUUCUCAUCAGUUAUAUUGUCCUUAUUUGUGAUCAUCACUUGGGCAGAAUUUGAACAUGAGCAACUUGCUGUGCUCAAACUCUCAAUUUUAUUGCUGAAGUGGAAAAAUGAACAUGAACAUCUUGUGGGAGAAAGUGGUCUUACUGAAGAGCUUCUAUUUAUUUUUCCUCUAAUCAACCUGGCCUCAUCUCCUUCUAAAUCUGUUAGAGUUGCAGCCACUGACUUUCUUUUCUUGCUGGAAAAGUUCGUAGUAGACUUGCUGGUGAUGCCAAGGAAGCAACCAAUUACCAAUAUAGAAUCUAAAUCUACUAGCAAACUGGAAACCAUUAUUUAUAGGCUGUUGCAGCGUCUGUGGUUCCAGGAUCAACCUUCACUAUCCAGUUCUUACUUCUUGAGUUUUGCUUCCAUCGCUAAAACCAAUAUUAAAGUGAUAGAUAGUCAACCAAAAUCUUGGCUUUCUCAGUUAAGAGAAUACUCUCUAUUGACUGUUGAAAGACAAAAAUCCCCAUUGAAUUCUCAGACUGAAGAAAAUAUUUUAACAGAGAUGCCUCUGGUACUUGGUUCAGUUGUUGCUGUUCUAGUGAUCCAUCAUUCAUUGGGGAAUGCUGCUAUAGAUUCUUUGGCUGCUCUUGGUGUUAUGGAGCCUAAAUUGAGUGUAUCACUACUACUAGCGAUUCUCUUUUAUAAUAAAGUUUUCUGCAAUAAUAAGAGUGACUUCCAUUCAAUGUCUCUAAAACUUCUUGGGAUGCUUCCAUCACUUGCUUCACAUUCUAUGAUGAUACCUCUCGUUAUUCAAACUCUUUUACCAAUGCUUCAGAAGGAUGCUAGACCGGUGUUAUAUGCUACAGCAACUCGUCUACUUUGUAAGACAUGGGAAGUUACAGAUCGUGUCUUUGGGACUCUGCAGGGAAUUUUGCAUCCAAAAGAUUUCAUUGAGUUUUCUUCUGACAAAAACAUUUCUAUAAGUAUGGCUGCUUCCAUUUGUGAUAUUUGCAGAAAAAAUCCUGACAGGGGUGUGGACCUUAUCCUCUCUGUGUCGGCAUGCAUUGAGAGUCGAGAUCCUACCAUACAGGCCCUUGGUUUUCAAAGCCUUGCCCAUCUCUGUGAAACUGAUGUAGUUGAUUUCUAUACUGCAUGGGAUGUUGUUGCAAAGCAUGUAUUGGACUACAUGGAAGACCCAAUUGUUGCAAAUGGUUUAUGCAUUCUUCUGAGAUGGGGUGCAAUGGAUGUGGAAGCAUAUUCAGAAGCUUCAAGAAGUGUUUUGCAGAUUCUGUGGGAAGUUGGAAAUCUUAGACAGGCUGGCUAUAGGUGGAUUAAGGCACGGGUCUCUGCCUUUGAGUCAUUGGCCUAUUAUGAGGUAGAUUAUAUUCAGAAAAACAUUCCUGAUUUUAAGAAAAGGAACGUGGAGUUGCUCAUUUCUGAAGACAAUCCUGAUGUACUCCAGGCCAUGGAGGGCUUUGAAGUCAAGAUUAUGACAUUUGAGCACAUCACUCGACGCCGACUGUUAAAGGAAAAAAGAAGUACAGGGAAUAAAAUUGAAAAGUUGCUUGACGUCAUUCCUCAGGUCGUUUUUACUAAAGGACAAACAAGCAAGAAUGUUAAUGAAUUAGCUGGUGCAGCUCUUUUAUGUCUUUCCUUUACCCCAAAAAAUUUACAUAACCUAGGGAUGUCAAAGGAAUUAUUGGACCUGCAUGCUAUGCAUGAAGAUGUUUUGCUUGAAGCAGCUGAAUCUUUGCAGCUCUCAAGAAAUAUUCUGCUAGCACUUCUUUCUCUGCAAUCUUGGAAACCCUUCAUGCAACGCUGGAUGAGGGCAGUUGUUAUGUUUAUUGAUGCUAAGGCUCCAUCCAGUGUGUUGGAUAAAACUUCAAAGGCAGCUAAUGAUAUUUUCAAGAUUCUUUGUAGAAUUGCAGAAGAAUCUAUCCCCCGAUCUGCUGAGAACAUGGCACUAGCCAUGGGUGCAUUGUGUGUGGUUUUACCUCCGUCUGCUCAUGCAGUGGCAUCAUCUGCCUCAAAGUUCCUGUUGAAGUGGUUGCUUCAGUACGAGCAUGAACAUAGGCAGUGGGCUGCUGCAAUUGCACUUGGGUUUGUCUCAAUUGGUUUGCAUGCAACUGAUUACAAGCAGAAAUUUCAAAUCAUUAGUGGACUUCUUAAGGUUCUUUCUGAUAGCAAAAGCAUUCUUGUCAAUGGAGCCUGUGGGGUUGGCCUGGGUUUUAUUUGUCAAGAUCUUCCUACUGGUGAUGAAGCUGCUGAUGAUUUUAAUUUGGUAGAAGAGACUGACCAGAUGAAGGAAGCCAACUUACUUGGAAAGAUUGUUAGGACCCUAGCUCUGAAGAUAUGCCAGUUUAUUCCAUCUUCAUCUUAUUCUCUGCAGAGUCUCUGUGAUUAUUUUCCCGUAGACAUAGAUCAUCAGGAUGGAUGUGGAACUUCUGAAUUGUCUUACAAUAACAGUAAUAAUAUGGGGGAAGAUGUCUGGGGUGUUGCAGGACUCAUCCUUGGUCUAGGAAAUUCUGUUAGCACAAUAUACAGAUAUGGGGCCCAUGACGCCUUGCUCAAGAUAAAGGCCUUGAUUACAUCAUGGAUUCCGUUUGUGAAUCCUGGUCUUCAAAACCCUUGUGGCGGUAAUGAGAAGCCGGAGAUAUCAUUAUCAGUGGGUUCCUGUCUUGCACUGCCAAUUGUGGUUGCCUUUUUCCGGAGGGUAGAACUCAUAGAUGAUGGUGAACUAGAUCAUCUAGUCAAUGGCUACAGAGAACUAAUUUCUGAACUUCUUUCUGUAAAAAAAUCUGGAAAUUUCCAUCCGAGUUUGUUGAUGGCAUCAUGCCUUGGAGCAGGAAGCCUCCUCUCAUCCAUUUUAAGUGAAGGAUCACAUCCUAUUAAAGCUGAAGAUGUCAAAAGCUUGAUGGAAUUGUUUAGGAGAUGUUACACCAAUCCUUAUCCUUCUACAAUUCACUUAGGUGGGAUGCUUGGAGUUGUUAAUGCAUUGGGUGCUGGUGCAGGGAUUCCUACUGGUGUAUAUUCUUGGCCCUCCAAUUUGCAAGCUGCACAUGAGCAAAAGGAUUCACCUUAUAUCAGAGGGCCUAUCCUUUCAUGUCCUGUUUGUGAGCCACUAUCGACAUCCUACAUGCAAGAGCUGUUCCUAGUUGCACAGGAUUCCAAGGACCAGCAACUAAGAAGACAUGCUGCCUGGGCUCUUUCAUUUCUUAGACAUCAAUGGUGGUCCAAGGAAUUCCAAGCUGUGAAAGAUAGUCCUCAGAGUAACCUAAAUGAUCAUAUGCCUGUUUCACAAAGUUUUUCAGAGGACAGUACAGUCUUGAAGCUUAGCAUGUGGCUUUUGGAUCUUGACUGUUCUGGGAUGGGAGCCAUCACAGAUGUAAACACAGUUGCAGCUGUUUUAAGGUACCUGUCACGAGCUCCCAGAUUGCCCUCAGUGGAUUGGGGAUCCAUAAUCAGACGCUGCAUGAGAUAUGAGGAUCAAAUAUCUGGAAAGUUAUCCACAGGUCAGGCUGUUAAGAAAGGAAACCUUAGACAGGAGUGCAUACAGUUCUCAUUAGCUCAUGCAAACCAACUGAGUUCCCUCCUCUUUUUUCUUGAUGAACUCUCUGACCUUCCAAGGUUCAGGACACUAGAGUUGAAUCUGCAGUCAUUCCUGCUCCGUCAUUUGGCAGACCUGAUAAAAAUUUUCUCUGGUUCCAGGCUGGAGAAACUGUUUGAUCAUAUGGCUGAUUACAUAUGUUCUCCAACUUCUUCAUACCAGGUUUAUAAUCCAGCUCAGAAAAGUUACUUGCGAGUUUCAUUGUGGGAGGGUCUGAACCUGUGUCUUGAUGAAGCCUCCACUGAGUCUGCGGAGUAUCUAACAAACAUGGAAAAGUGCAUGGGGUUGCUAUUUGCCUUCUUGCCUGUAAUGCACUUUGAUGCCAACCUUGAUCCUGAUCAGGCAAACUCUCAUAAAGAGUGGUUAGAGGCAGUAAGAUGCUUGAGAAAGGCUCGUCAUGGCUACCUAAUGAGUCUUCUGGAGGUUCCAGAGGUGGGUUUAGUACAAGGAAGACAAUUAGCAGAAACCAUAAAAAGAAUUCAAGCAAGAGCCAGGCUAUUUAUGAUUGGUUCAGUUCCAUUCACUGAGUUGGCAAAAUUAAAAGCUUAUAUUCUGAACACAGAAUCAGCUGGUAUCUGGAAUGUAUUGGUAGAAGUAGUUUCAACUCUUCAACAUGCAGAUGGAGGUAUCAAAAGGCAAUGGCUUGUUGAUGCAGUGGAUAUUAGUUGCAUAACAAAUUAUCCUUCCACGGCGCUGCAAUUUAUAGGCCUAUUAUCCAGUAGCUGUUGCAAAUAUAUGCCUCUGCUGGUUCUGGAUCCAGUUGCUGUGGUGAGUGAUCUGCCAAUUACGCUUCCUUCUCUUUUGUCAGAAAGCAGCUGGAAGGAAGUUGCAGAAUCUGUAGUGUUGAGCCUAUGGACAUCAACUGAACGUAUCUAUGGUUGGGCUUCACAUUUAGCAAGUGGAGACGAUAACUUUAGUUUGCAGGGUAUUGACAAGAGUGAGAACGUAAAUGGUCUUUUCCUUUCACGUAUCAUGUAUCAUGUUUGUGUCUCCUUGAAACACUACUUGCCUCUUGAGAAGCAGUUGAGGCUUGCCAAUUUGUUUUUCUGAAUGUACCAGUGUCGCAGUUAGCUGUAUAUAAAGACUCAAUGCUAGUAAUUGGGGUAGAGCAGAAAAAUAAAAUACAACUUGGUGUCAGCGUCACCAUGUGGGGGUGAUAUGAUAAUUUAGGUCUACCAGAUAAGGUGUGGUGACUGAUGACAAGACUCCUGUUUUGCCAUUCCACUCUCUACUCAAGUAUUCUGCCA